AUGGCAGUCCCCUUUAGCUUUAUUGUGUUGGUUCGACCUUGUUUUCCCAACUUGGUCGGAGUAUCCUCUGCCAGAGAAUUUGUGAUCUCCAACAUUGGGCCAUUGGCUGGGCGCAGUCCCAAACGUUUCGCCGGCAUCGUCAGUUAUAGGCGCCAUCGUAAGGACAGAGUUAAGCCAAUCCCUUUGACCGAUUUACUCUUCAACCGCUGUGCAAUCACUCAUCGUCCAUACUUUUUGUUCUACCUUUUAGUGCUGCAUCUCUUUCUCUCAACGCCACUUAUAAUUCCCAUCCAUUCAGUAACACAAUUUUUUGCUCUUGUCUCCUCCAAUGUCGCCUAA